CUUUUCAAAAACGGAAUGCUUAUUGCAAAUCUUUGCAGAGAUAGAGAUCUUUCAUCUAGCAUGGCAUCGAGGCGUGUUCCAAAAGUAACUUCCAAAGAGGGAGCAUCUCAGUGCAAGGAGAAGCAUGCAGUUCUGCUUAGCCCCGUGGGAAAACUGGAGAUAUCUGGGUGUGAAACAGGCUUACAUGAAAUAAAACUUCCAAAAAUGAGUGUGCUGCCAAAUGGGGCAGAGGCGUCGGCGGGCUGCGAGGUGUGCGAAGGCGCGGAGGGGAUGACGGAGCCGCUGAAGCAGUGCACGGCCUGGCUGCACGCCUACUUCUGCGAGCCAGCAAGGACAGAGCAGCUGCCCGUGCCCCCCUUCCACCACCCCCUGCUCCAGCAAGAUUCGUUCACCAAGCAGGUUUUGUGGACCCUGCUGAGAGAUGUGAAAUUUGGAGAGGCCAUCUCUUACCAGAAAUUAGCAGACCUAGCGGGCAACAGCAGAGCUGCAAGAGCAGUGGGAGGAGCAAUGAGGAGCAAUCCUCGGUGCACGUCGAGGUGCUAUAGAGAGAAGAGGAAUUUGCUGAGGGAGCCGAGGCUCAGGAAGCUCGUUCAUCCCGAUUAUAAUACCGUGCCACAGGGUGAUUCGCAGCAGCGGGCAGACCGGCAACUACGGAGGAGGGAACCUCAUGAAAGAGUGGCUUUUGUCGCACGAGAAGCUCCAGAAAGAGAAGUUAGCAUAUUGAUGCGGCUCAGCCACAGCUGCUCGACUGCCAAGGCACACAGCCGCGGAUACUUGGCUUAUAACAAGCUCUCAGAGCACCCAGCAGAAUUCAGAAAAAUGCAGAAUGACUACAGCGGUCCAGGCCUGUUGUGCGUGUAUUUUGUUCCCAUCCCCAGUCCUGUUUUGUUCUAUUUUUAAUGUCCAUUAAAGCACGGGUAGGGGAGAGGGAGGGGCAUGGCAAAUGCGAGGUGCAAGCGGCCCUCUAAGGAAGCAUCUGGCUCGCCGAGGGGCCAGCCCGCGCCUCCCUGCUCCUGCCCCGCCUGGUGCGCUUGUCCCCCUGCCAGCCCUGGUGCCAGGACUCCCCUCCUCUCUUUGAUGUUUGCGCUGCUGAAAUGCUGUUUUACGUAAACACUGCUUAAUGGAGCACAUUGAGAUGCAGUCAAAAGGAAGCGGCUAUUGAAUCGCUUGUUCGCGGCUUUUCUUUUCGGAUCGUGAGAGAUGCUCAAGGCAGGAAUAAAAAUUUUGCUUUUGUGAAUGUCGCAAAAAGCAGGUGGAGCUGUAGGUGCUGGCAAGUUGUAUGGGAAUAUUUUAAAUAAGCAGUUAGCUGAGCGCAACCUGGACAAAAUAUUAAAAAGCUCAUCGUAGCUGCAUCUUCAUCAGCAGUGCCUUUCCUUAAGUGUUUGAAUUUCUCCUUAGAUUUUUGUAGUUCUCCAUUACAUGAAGCUUUAUUUCCUGUAGCCUCUCUGAAGAAAGGAUUCAAGAGAUGUUAAGGCUAAAUUUUGAGGUGGUUUAAAAAGGGUUCUCUGAAAGCGCGAGCCACCAGAAGCUGAAAUUUUCAGUAUGGGAAUCAUAAAUUCCAACAUGGAAAUACUGAUUUUUUUAUGUCUUUUAUCAUAUUUUCAUAGGCGUCUCUUUAGAAAUGCCAUUGCUAACCAAGAAAUUAUUGUGUUACAAUGCUUUAGUUAAUGUAGUAUUAUUGAUAUCUCAGAAUUACUUCAAUAAAAAAACUGCUUUGCAUGUACAA